CGGUGAAGCCGGCGCUCCGCCUCUCCCUGUGCGUCACAGAUAAAUCGAGGCUCCGCAUGCUGCUCGCCUGCAGUCUCCUCGCGUCCGGCGCCGCCGCCGCCGUGACUGAGCUCAAGGUCGAAGUCUAUGACGGCCCAAAGGAGUGCGAGGAUGCGGACAAGCUCAAGAAGGGCGAGCACGUAUCCAUGCAUUACACGGGCACCAUCGACAAGGACAGCGCGGCGGGCACGCCGGGCAAGCAGUUCGACUCGUCGCGUGGCCGCGGCAAGACGUUCGACUUCCAGCUGGGCGCCGGCCGCGUGAUCCAGGGCUGGGAUAAGGGUCUUGAGGGGCUCUGCGUGGGCGCCAAGGCGGUGCUCACGAUCCCGCCCGACAUGGGCUACGGCGCGCGCGGCGCGGGCGGCGACAUUCCGGGAGGAGCGGCGCUCAGCUUCGACGUGGAGGUGGUGAGUCACUCAGACGAGGGGCCGCCCGAGCCAAACCUCUUCAAGGACCUCGAUACCGACAAGGACGCCAAGCUGACCAAGGAGGAGGUGCUUGCCUUCUUCAAGCAGCAGGGCAAGGAAGAGCUGCCCGAGGGCCUGUGGGAGAAGGAGGACAAGGACAAGGACGGCUUCAUCUCCUGGGAGGAGUUCGGCGGCCCAAAGGGCAAGAGCAAGGACGAGCUCUGAGGGGCUCUGCUAGCGAGGACGGUGUGUGUUUGGUCCGGACUCCUCGUUCAGAGGCUCUAUGAGGGAGGCGUCGCGCCGCCGCGCCCGGUGAGAGCCGCGUGGACGGUCGAGGGGAGUACGCAGGUCCGGAAGCAGGGGGACUGCCGUGUGUGCUGUCAGCCAGGGAGCUGUUGUGAGGCAGCUGGGAUCGAGCCUGCGGGCGGUGGCCCGCGCGCCUUGCCAUGCCGUCCGUCCGCCUGCACUGCGGCGCCGCGCGAGCCCGCGGGCGUGAGGCUGCAUGCGUAUCUCGACCGGCGCACCGGCAGAACAACUUUAUUGAGGCCACCCGAAAGACGGCAAUAAACGGAG